GUGGGGUUCUUUCUAAAACAAAAAAAUAACUAAAUAUUGAAGUUAUUAUUUAUGCAAAUGAGACUAGAUAUUAUAAAGACCAUAUCGGUAUCCUUGAAGUCAGUUUUAUUCAAGCUGUCAGGUCGGAAAGAGAAGGUGGGACAUCAACUAAAUAGACUUCUAAAUUAUAUUAGAGCUGUGAAGAUGGCCGGCAGCUGGCUUGUUGCAUCUUUGGUGCUUGUUGCGUGCGUUCAAUUCGCGCUGUGUGAUCUGCCAUAUAAAUGCGAGAAGAAUUCCAAUUGCCCUGAAAAUUUGGCCUGCGAGAGCUCUGAGUGCGCAGACCCGUGCCUCAAAUAUCGCACAUGUGGAAGCGAAGCUCAUUGUGUCGUUGAAGACUAUUCGGCCAAAUGCAUUUGCAAUGAAGGUACUAUAGGUGAUCCUUACGAGAAAUGCAACGAUUCGGUAGUACCGGUAUCUUCGCUACUUGCUGCGGGAGCUUUUAUAGGACGUUAGGAGCGAUUCGCAAAAACUGGCCCUAUAUACAUAUAUUCCAACAUGUACUGAUGUUCGUUGAUUAUAAAAAUAAACUAAAACACAUUUA